AUGCUCUGCUGCCCCCUCUCGGCCUCCUCCUUCUACCUGCUCAGUGGACUUCUGGACGCUUUUGAUGGACACGCUGCUCGAGUCCUUAAUCAAGGGACCGGGUUUGGGGCCAUGCUGGACAUGCGGGCAGACUGCUGCUCCACAAUGUGUCUGCUGGUCAACCUGGCCCUGCUGUAUCCUCACGCCACCCUUCUUUUCCAGCUCAACAUGAGCUUGGAUGUGGCCAGCCACUGGCUGCACCUCCACAGUUCUGUGGUCCGAGGCAGUGAAAGUCGCAAGAUGAUUAAGCUGUCUGGAAAUCCAGUGCGUUGCAUCUACUACACCUCCAGACCUGCUCUAUUUAUCCUGGGUGCUGGAAAUGAGCCCUUCUACUGCCUUCUCCUCUGUCAUGGACCUUUAGUUGGCUUUGUAGGUCUUUUCUGA